AUGACAACCACACAACCAGAAUACCGAGACCCAAAAAAACCAAAAGCUGUUUAUGUAUAUACAAUUGCUCAAGAGUCACGCUAUUUGAUUAUUGAAAAUGUACCCAAUUUAGGUGUGAUUGAUCAACUUGUUCAGUUAUGUAACUCGUUUGGUCAAGUGGAAGAACAUCGUAUGCUUGAUAACCAUACUUCCAGUACAGACUAUGCAGAUGUCAUUUGGAUUAAAUAUCAUGAGAUACGUUCAGCAAGGUUAGCAAAGCGUAAAUUGGAUAACACGCCCUUUUUUACCAGUCUACUAUGUGUGAAUUACGCUCCUGAAUACGAGACAUGGCAAGAUAUACGUGACAAAUUCAAUGAUCGAUAUCAAACAGUUCUUGCUAAACUUUCACAAGAUAAAAAGAAAAAAAUAAGACAUUUUGUUGAAGAACAAGUAUUAAUUUAUGAUUCGCCUAAAGAAGAAGAGAAAGCUGAUUCUAUUUCUCAAGAUACACUUCCAACAGUAAAAAAACGAAGAAGAAUCUAA